GGAGGGAGUGGCGGAUGGAGAGAAGAAUGCGCUUUUUAACUUAAUUUGCUAUUUACAAGGGCGUUACAGAUGUCCACGGUGCGGUCUUUGUGUCCCCGGGCGUUAUAAAUAGUAAAGGUUAAUUAGUUAGCUGAGAAAUUGGAUCAGGGGCGGGCAGUUAGAAUUUGAUCCAUAGACAGGAUCACCGACCCGCCGAGAACACCCCCCUAACACGGAAUAAAAUGUCGUUCUCAUCUAUCCUCUCCGCUGAUGCCAUCGACAGCGCUAUCAAGGACUGCCAAGCCCCAGACUCCUUCUGCCCCAAGAAGUUCUUCCAGGUGUGUGGCCUCACCAAGAAGAGCCCCCAGGAUGUGAAGAAGGUUUUUGGGAUCCUGGACAACGAUGGCAAUGGUUUCAUUGAGGAGGAAGAGCUCAAGUUUUUCCUCCAGAGGUUUUCCCCUGGGGCUCGCGCUCUGACAGACAAGGAGAUCAAGGACUUCCUGUGUGCUGCUGAUGACGACAGCGAUGGCCGGAUUGGAGCAGAUGAGUUCCAGGCCAUGGUCAUGUCCUAAACAACUGGACCUCAUCUCUCCAACUCAAUGAGACCCCGCCUCCAACCUCCUCCCUCUAUUCCACUGCUAUAAGGGCUCUCUUAGAUUUAGUCGUUUUCCAUCUGGUUAGAUAAAUUCUUUUGAUUCUUUUUAUUUUGCAAGAUUCGCUCUGGUCCACAGACAUACACAUUUUCAUCAUGUUUUUAGUUUUUUUUUUCAUAUGUUUUACAGAGAUCAUAAAGCGGUAUUUCACAAAUAAAUGUACAAUUUACCAAAUUACUGAGAAAAUAAAAUAAUAAAAUCC